AUGAUUAAUAGACAGUAAUUUGAUGUAAUAUAUUCAAUCGAAAUUUCCAUUUUCACGAAUGUGUGGUCUUCGACGGGUUUUAUGGGUACGGGACAUAGAGCAUUAUUUGUAUGGUUGUUACUUCUACUUGCUCUAGUAUUUCUAGUUGUUUACCUGGAUAAUGGUUUAGAUGGUGAGCCGUCGGUAUUUUUCGUAAUUUUGUCUUUUUUCGAUAUUCUUUCCUUGUCGAUCAUAAUGCUCAAAAUUAUGCGACAUUAUCAGAUUUGUGGUGUAGGAAGAAGGCAGUACGAUAUGAAUGCUCCUUAUCCGGUUGCUGCAUACGUUUAUCCUUUAGAGAAACGUACUUCUGCUGUCGUUUUAGGUAAUACUCAUGUUCUUAAAUAUAUGUGA